AUGUUUUUAAGCUCUCCUUUGCUCAAGGAAAGUGCUUUAGCAAGGGGGAAAUCCGUUUAUCCAAAAGUUACUGUGUUUUCCGAAAUCCUACCACUCGCAUCGAAGAACCACAGUAAUGCAAAGAGGGGAAGGCCAGCAGCGUCAUCCUGUACACAAGAGCUUCAGGCUCUUUUUUCAUGUUUGAAAAAAUGG